UCACAGGCGUUAUCUCACUUUUAAAUGCAGGCCUCUGGUCUAUCUCGUCAGUUGUAGAAGCACCGUCCACAGUGUAGCAUGUUUUAAAUAUAAGAGACACUGGAAAACUCAAGUGAUUAAAGUGUUCGAUUCAGUUAUCUAAAUAUUAAAUUACAAGAAUGGAUUUUAUCUCUUUGGCACUCAUAUUCACUCUUUGCGUUAUUGUGAUUUUCCGAGUUUUAUUGAUGGUACAUUCUCAUUAUGUUGUACGGCAAAAACUUAAAAACGUUCCCCAAGUCGACAGUUUUCCUUUUGGUUCAGCAUAUGAGACAAUGAGUAUACUACCCGAGGAACGCCUGAAGAAGGAUUUUGAGUAUUUGGCUCAAACAUGCAAAAAAGGGAUAUACAUACAAUGGUUCUUAGGCAAGCCGUAUAUUUUCGUGUAUAAACCAGAAUAUUUAGAGCAUAUUUUUCCUAGCACUGUAAAUAUCACAAAAGGGGAGCGUUAUAGUGUGCUGGAAUCCUGGUUGGGCAAGGGACUUGUAAUGUCUACAGGUAAACAAUGGUUCCACGAUAGAAAACUCAUCGGGGCAACAUUCCAUUUCAGUAUAUUGGAAAAAUUUGCUGUGGUUAUGACUGAAAAAUCAGAAAUUUUAAAAAACUGUAUUCAACAAAAAUUGGACGAAAAUCCAGGGAAGCCUAUUAAUAUUUACCCUCUUAUUGUCAACGCAACUCUUGAUAUUAUCUGCGAGACGGCAAUGGGUAUAAAUAUACGUGCUCAAGAAGGCUCAUCCAAAUAUAUCGAAGCAGUACAGGAAAUAGCCGAGUUAAUAAUGACUCGAGCUUUUCAACCGUGGCUUUGGAUUGAUUGGUUAUACUAUUUAACGCCUACAGGAAAACAAUAUAAAACAGCGCUUAAAAUAGUGCACGAAUUUGCUGAUGAGGUAAUAAAAAAAAAAAAGCUCGAACGACAAUCAAAAACUGGCAAAACGGAACUUGAAAAUAAAGAUGAUGAAUCUGACAUAGGUAAGAAGAAGAAGACAGCGUUUUUAGAUUUAUUAUUAGAAGAAAACGCAAAAGACGAUACACCUAUGACUGAUGAUGAGUUGAGAUCGCAAGUGGACACGAUUAUGUUUGGGGGACACGACACAACUUCAGUAGCUGUAUGCUGGACACUCUUUCUGCUGGGCAAUAAUCUCGAUCAUCAGGAAAAAGUUCACGAAGAAUUAGAAGAGGUUUUCGGAGAUUCGGAAGCACCAGCCACUGUAAAGCAGCUGCCACUAUUAAAAUAUCUGGACAGAGUUAUAAAGGAAACGCUCCGAAUAUUUCCGAGUGCAAAUGUAAUAUCGAGGGAACUAGUAGAAGAUGUAAAAUUAGAUGACCAUAUUCUUCCGAAAGAUCAUGAAGUCUCAGUGCCAAUAGUGCUUGUACAUCGGAACCCAGAGGUUUGGCCGGAUCCAUUGAAGUUCGAUCCAGAUCGCUUUCUACCAGAGAACUCGAAAGAUAGAAAUCCGUAUGCAUACGUUCCGUUCAGCGCUGGACCGAGAAACUGUGUAGGCAUGAGAUUCGCUCAACAGGAACUGAAACUCUUAGUGAUUACUAUUCUCAGAAAAUGGAGGGUAAAAAGUGUGAAAACAAUGGACACGAUCCGAUAUGGUGACAUUUUGGUUUUGCGACCCUGCGAAGAAUUACUCAUGCAUUUUACACCCAAGAAAUGAUCAGUUUAUCAGCAAAUAUAUGCUUUUUAUAUGCAAUUUUUAUAACUCUUUCUUGUUAAUCUUUUACGUAUAUGUACAUAAUGCAUAUAUUCUUGCAUAUAUAUCCACAUAUAUGCUAUUUUUGCCUAAAUAUCACAAAAAUCGAAUUGAGAUGUUGGUACCUAUUAAUGCAAUCAAGUUUCGAUAAUAACAAUACGUUAUAAUUGUUGUUUAAAAUUCGGGAUCUCGCCUGCAGGUAGAAUAUUUUAAUCUAACAAAAUAGUUUUGACGAUACAAAUGAAAUACAAACAAAAGAUUCAUAUUUUUUACAAUAUGACGAUAAACAUUAAUAAAUGUUUAAAGUCAAAACAUUUUAUAAUUAAAUGUAUAGGUAAUGAUAAUAAAGAUUUGGUUAUUAAUUAUUGCGCAUUUUUAGAAUUGUAAUUAUUGUAUAAUUAUUAAUAAUUUGUAUUGAGGAUGAUCCAAAGCAUAGGAUCAAAACGUCUACAUUAUUAAUUUUAUUGAAUAAUAAAGUUAAAUGUUACACACGAGCAACCAAA